AGCAUGCGCACGCGAUGCAAAAUCUGGCGGGAAAACCGUCCUUUUCGCGGGAGAUUCUUUCUGAAACAAGUAGCUGGCAAGAUGAUGGUCGGAGGAGAGCCAACGGAGACGAAGCAGAUCCAACGAAAGAGUCUGCUGACGCUGGACCAGCAGAACAGCUGCAGCGACAUCUUUGUUUCCAUCAGCGGUCUAAUAGGAGCUGGGAAGACGACGCUGGCCACUAAACUGGCAGAGAAGAUGAAUCUUCCCGUGUUUUACGAGCCAGUCAUAGACAACGUCUACCUCGACGACUUCUACAAGAACCCUGCUCGCUAUGGAUUCCCGCUACAGGUGUUUCUGUUGAACCGGAGGUUCCAGCAACACCAGCAGAUCAUCUGGCAGGGCAGGGGUGGGGUCCAGGACAGAACCAUCUACGAGGACUCCGUCUUUGCCAAGGUGCUAAGAGACUCAGGGAUGAUGGAGGAGAGAGAGUACCAGACCUAUCGCUCCCUCUUCAGCAACAUGUCCAACUUUAUGAAGAAGCCGAACCUGAUAGUUCAUCUCGACGUGUCUCCCGAGGAGAGCAAGAGACGUAUAGAGAUGAGGAGCAGAGAGUGCGAGUCCACAAUCUCCCUCGACUACCUGCGGAACCUCCACGCUGCCUACGAGGAAUUCAUCAAAGACAUAUCCAGGAUCAUCCCCGCGCUGGCGGCUCCGAGGAGACCUCUGCUGGUGCGGUUCGACUGGUACUCAAGAAAAACUACUCCAGUCCACAUAGGAUACGCUGGUAAGACGGCUAGAGCCAUACUGGAGCCGUACGGUUUUGUAGAGACACACUCCGACGAUUGGGAUUUGCUGUGGACCAUGGUCCCCCAGUGGGAGGCUCUACACACGACCAAGACCCCAGGCCUCCCGAGACCUUGGCAGGUCCACAACCACUGCCUCUCUCUGUCCAACAGCAGAGGUAUAUCGGGAAGCAAGGUCUCCCAGUGGGAAAUGUACAGGUGCAUGAGAGAGAAGCACGGAGAAGAGGCCUUCUCCUAUAUGCCUGAUACAUUCAUUCUACCCAAAGAAAGAUUUCGUUUGGAGAGGGAGCUGGUAAAAGAAGGAUCCCCUUGGAUCGUAAAGCUGUCAGUUGGGAAGCGGGGUUUGGGGAUUAAACUCGUCUCCACCAGCUCUGGAAUCCCAAGUGAUGCCCACGAAUACGUGGCCCAAAAGUACAUCCGGAGACCGUUUCUCGUAAACGGGAGAAAGUUUCACAUGAGGCUGUAUCUGGUCAUAACCAACAUGCAGCCGUUGCAUGCACUGCUCCACAGGGAAGGCCUUGUGCUGUUUGCAGCCACAAACUACUCUGAGAAUAAGAAAACCUUCCACGAUCUGAGCAUACAUCUCACCAACGCCGCCAUCGCCGAUCGAACCAACAAGCAAAGCACCACGAACUCGAUGCUGCUGUCUAACCUGUGGAAGAUCAUGGGUAGCCGCUACGGAGUAGACGUGCGUGCAGUGUGGGAGGAGAUUAAGGAUAUAGCGGCUAAGCUGGUGCUCACCCAGCAAUGUGAGACAGAGCUAGAGACUAGGGCCCCGGGGACCUGCUUUGACGUGAUUGGUGUCGACGUCCUGCUGGACUCCAAUCUGAAACCGUUUGUUCUGGAAUGCAACAACGGACCGGAACUGUACACUGAGGACACUGCCGUGAGACAGGCAAAUGAUGCGGCCCACAAGGCUAUGCUGAAAGAUCUGAUACCAAUGGUUGCACUCCAUGGUAAACACACAGAGACACAGCUCUCUGACUUCAAAUCAAAAUUGACCGAGAUUUGUGCGGAACAGAAUGCUAAACAGUGUGCGGUGAAAACACCAUUGGAUUUGGUGGGAGCUGCAUCAGUGACAGUGACACAGCAAACCUCUGGAGACUAUACUUAGAGGAAAAACGUUUAGGCUCAUUUGAGAGGAUCCUCCCAUCAUCAAGCUAUCAUCAGUACUUCAGAAACAAGCCAACCUUCUCAGACACUCUAUUGUCCAAUUGGUUACACCACAUUUCAUAGCAAUCCUAAAUAUCAUACAAAAUUUUUUAACCCUAUUGUGCCACACACAC